GAUUUUCUAAAGAAACUAUGCGAUGAUAUGGCUCCAUCAAGUUUUAAGUCUAUUUCUGAAAUCAAUUAUACAAAAUUGAACUCAAUUUCAAUUCGCCUUAUUGGAUGUUAUGGGAAUCGUAAUUUAAUUACAAAACUUUUGUUGAAUUUAGAGAUUAUUAAUCAACAAACAUAUGACUUGCUUAUAGACUCACAUCCUCAUAACAACGACUCAAAUAAACCUUUUUUACGUCCUGGCAUUUACUUACUUGUUGUAAAUCUAGAUUUUGGAUUAGUUAUUCAUUGGCCUGAAGUUGGAUGUUACGAGGAAAAUGCCUCUUCGCAAUAUAAAAAGAAUAUGACUAACCUGCAUAGAUAUUUGACAAAGGUUACUGAUCAUCAGCUUUGUCUUAUGAGUGAAGAUGAUUUAGAAAGAUUCGAUUGGAAUUUAUACAAUAAUGAUGAUGAUUCAGACGAUGAUAAAGAGUUUCAUGAAUUUGAAAUCAAAAAAAGUCAGGAAGAACAGGAGGACUUUAAAAUAUAUUCCGGCUUUAAGGUGAAUUUAACCGAUAAAAUAAAAGCAGAAAUAAAAAAUACUCAAGAAGAUGAUAUACCUUUGCAUCCUAUUAGAUCUAAAAUGUCACAAGAAUUUCAGUCCAGAUUACAAGGACGACGAUUAUAUAUUGAUCGUGAAAGAAUGACCAUGAAUUCAUUAAAAAUCUUUAUUACACAUGGAUUAAAAAUGGAAGAUGAACUUUUGGGACCAUUUCGUAAUGAAAUACAAAUUGCAAAAUCGCAAAUUAAUGAAAAAAAGAACCGAGAAGCUGAAACUAUAAAAAAUGAUAGUAAAAUAAUUUCAAGUUUAGCAUGGAAAAAAUUAAAUUUAGAAAGGAUUCGUUCAAAGUAUCCCAAUAUAGAAGGUCAAAUUGAUAAUUUAAUUAAAAUCAAUUCCAAAAAUUGGAAUGAAUUGAAAAGUCGAUAUAUUUUGACAUCAACAAUUAUUUUUGAUAUAUUGGAAAUGAAUGAAGAGUCUUCUGCAACACGA